AACGGAAUGUCUGCAGAUGACAAGACUGAAACCCCCAUGUACGUGUAUGAGUCAACUGUGCAUUGUACAAACAUUCUUCAGUGCCUCAAUGACCAGUGGAAGCAGGACAUUCUCUGUGAUGUCACUCUAGUUGUGGAAGGAAAGGAAUUUCGAGCCCAUCGGGCUGUGCUGGCUGCUUGCAGCGAGUACUUUCUGCAAGUGCUAGUUGGGCCAACUGAACUAGGACUAGUAGUCAGCUUGCCAGAAGAGGUCACUGCUAGAGGAUUUGGUCCAUUGUUGCAGUUUGCCUACACUGCGAAGCUAUUACUGAGCAGAGAAAACAUUCAAGAGGUCAUCCAAUGUGCGGAAUUCCUGCGUAUCCACAACCUAGAGGACUCCUGCUUCCGCUUUCUUCAGACGCAGCUUCUAAACAAUGAGGAUGGCUUGUUUCUGUGUAAGAAAGACACCUCGUGCCAGCUUGUGCACAAUGAGACUUUUCAUUGUGAAGAGGAAACCAUGGAAUCUGAAACCUCAAAGAUAUCCUGCCCCAAGGAAGGAAUGCACAAUGAGCCUUUUAACUUUGGUUCAGGUGAGAAAGCCACAGAUGGAAAUGAAGUCAUUUUGCCUAAUUCCAAUAUGCAAAGGGAUAAUAAGGAAAGUUUAGACAAGGAUCCUGUAAUCCGCUACCCACGUUAUAAAAAAUACCAGCUGGCUUGUACUAAGAAUGUCUACAAUACAUCACAUAGUACCUCAGGUUUUACAAGCACAUACAAUGAACAUAACUCGGAAAUAGGCCCAAAAUCAGGACUUCCUAUAAGCCAGAUCAAAAGUGAGCCUCAAGAGGAUGAUAAUGAAGAAGAAAGUGUUACGCUUUGCUUGUCUGGAGAUGAAAGUGACAUCAGGGAUAAAGAAGGGGACAUUGAGAUGGUCAGGAAACAACCCAGCCCAACUAUUAUUGAUAAUCCUAACUGUGUGUCAUCUCCUUCCAGUCUAAGUACUUUAUUUAGUAGAACAAAAGGGGAGGAAUUUAUAGACUCACCUGGCACUUCGCAUCAGCACUUUGUCAGAAGUCCUUCAUGCCCUGUGGAAAAGGGAACAACUCAGGGUGACCAUAAAACUGAUUAUAUCCCUUACACUGGGAAUUAUGAUUUGUCUAGCGAACCUCACAAAGAUUCCUCUAACUUCCUCAUGGCAUCCCCUCUCCAAGGUUCUGGAUCAGAUCUCACCCCUAAGCAUGAGAUGGAACUGGACAGAAGAAGUGUCAUUUUCUCUUCAAGUGCUUGUGACCAAAUAAGCACUCCGGUGCAAUCAUAUUCUGGUAUGAGCUGCUUGGAUAAAGAGUUUUCCGAGCAUGUGCCAAAGGGUCUGUGGGCUGGAGCAAGCCAGUCUCUUCCUAGCUCUCACACUUUUUCCCACAGUGGGCUGGUAGCAGAUCCGUUGCCAGGAAGGCUGAGGCCAAACACUAGUUGCCCAGUGCCAAUUAAGGUAUGUCCUCGUUCCCCACCUUUGGAUACCAGAACCAGGACAUCAAGCUCCUGCUCCUCAUACUCAUAUGCAGAAGAUGGAAGUGGUGGAUCACCUUGUAGCCUCCCUCUCUGUGAAUUUUCCUCAUCUCCUUGUUCACAAGGCCCACGUUUUCCACCUACCGACCAUCAAGAAGCUUGUUCAAUUGUAGACUCAAUAUAUAACCAAGUCAGACCACAGAUAAAAUGUGAGCAGUCGUAUGGAACAAACUCAAGUGACGAAUCUGGAUCAUUUUCAGAAGCAGACAGUGAGUCAUGUCCUGUACAAGACAGGGGGCAUGAGGUUAAAUUGCCCUUUCCAGUUGAUCAAAUCACAGAUCUUCCACGCAAUGAUUUCCAGAUGAUGAUAAAGAUGCACAAACUGACCUCAGAACAGUUGGAAUUUAUUCACGAUGUUCGGCGUAGAAGUAAAAACAGGAUAGCUGCCCAGCGCUGCAGGAAAAGGAAACUCGACUGUAUUCAAAACUUAGAAUGUGAAAUACAUAAGUUGGUAUGUGAAAAGGAAAAGCUUUUAACAGAGAGGAACCAGCUGAAGGCUUGCAUGGGAGAGUUACUGGACAACUUCUCUUGCCUGUCCCAGGAAGUAUGUAGAGAUAUCCAGAGUCCUGAAGACAUUCAAGCCCUGCACAGGUACUGUCCUGUCUUGAGACCUUUGGAUUUACCCACAGUUGCUGCAUUCAACCCUUUACCAGCAAGAGGAGAGCCAAGCCUUGUCACCGCUCAGGAAGCAGGAGAUAACAUGCAGUGCUGCAACAAUCAAGGCCCAAUACAGCUUGGAAGCCACUCAGUUUAUAACAACAUACCUGAAAAUUGUAUAGCAAGUAGAGGACUGGAGGGAUCUGACCAUGGUACUUACUCAGAGAGGGGGGCAUGUUUGGAACAGAACAACCAAGCGGUGACAGUGGACUUCUGCCAAGAAAUGACCGAGAAAUGUACGACAGAUGAACAACCAAGAAAAGAUUUCUCCUAG